AUGAUGGGUCAACUUUGUAAGAACUAUUCUACGUCAUCAAGGACGCCUUUGAUUGAUGAAGACGUUGAGUAUUUAGUAUGGCCGCGAUCAGAGGAGGGGAUACAUUUUAUAGAUUCUUCAGGUGAUGACGUCACGCCUCAUUCAACACCUGUUACGACAGGCAAAGUUACUAAGAGAAUAUCAUGGGGAGAUACUGCUAAGGAAAAUGAUAAUACUGUUAAAAAGGGGACUGAUGUUGUUCAGUUAAUUAAAGCAGAUAGAGAUAGUACUUCAGAGAAAACUUCCCCAGAUGAUCUUAUUAUAUUUGAUAAGUCUAAGACUCCUCAGUCGCCAAAUGUUGCUGUAGAGUCUAAUUCUGAGCAAUCUUCCUCCAUACCCGGUGCACAUUGUGAAAAAUCUGAUGAUAAAUCAUCAACCUCAGGUCCACAAAUGGAUGAGGCAAAGCAAGCACAUACUUGCGAUAUUGUGGAAUACAUAUAACCAUUUCAAACAUCUGUGGACACCAGUCAAAUCACACACAGUUAGUAAUCCGAAUGAUGGUCUUUAUAGUGACGUCAUGCGCAAAUAGAACAAAAAUCGUCCCACUUUGCCCACUUUAACUGCAGUAUGCUGAGAUAACAGCAGUAAAUCAAAACAUCUCUUUUAAUUAGAAUUAGCCUACUCAUAGAGUUUAAAAAGUAUGUCUUUGAAGGAAAACUUGCAAUUGACUUACCAAUGUUCGGGACAUUUCCAGAUUAGAUGUUAGAGUUUAAGAUCUCAGUGAUAUUAUUCAACGGUGGCAUGAUAGACACAAUACUAUAUGCAAAAAUGUGAAAAUCCUUCGAAUUCAAAUCACUAUCGAAUACAUGAUCAAGCAUGUAUGUAUCCCAGUAAUUUACGACACGAUGGAUCAUUUC